AUGACAUCAUCAUCGUCACAGCUAGCAAAGCUUGCUCUUAAAGGAUCACUGAAGAUUGUUGCUGAUUACUUUGAAUUUGCGAUUAAUAGUAUACUAUUCCAAAGAGGAAUCUAUCCACCAGAAGAUUUUCAUACGAUUAAGAAAUACGGGUUACCAUUAUUAGUUUCUGCGGAUGAUGAUGUUAAAGCAUAUAUAGAGAAGAUAAUGCUGCAGGUGAAGAGAUGGAUAUAUGGAAGGAAAAUUGGAAAGUUAGUCGUAGUUAUAAUUUCCAAAUCAACAGCAGAGGUAGUAGAAAGAUGGGAGUUCAAUAUUGAGAUAUUACAGGAUAAUGAGAACAAUAAUGAAGAUGAUAAACAAGAAGUUGAAAAACCGAGAGAGGAGAGUCAUAGGGAAAUACAAAUGAUCAUUCGACAGAUCACGUCGCUGGUAUCAUAUUUGCCUCUUUUAGAUGUGGACGAAUAUACGUUCAACGUCCUAGUACAUACAGAUCCUAAUUAUGAUACUGCUCACAUACCACAUGAGUGGUGUGAUACAGAUGGAAACGCAAAAUUAAUUGAAGGGAAUUCAAUUGAGCAGGUUAAAUUUAAAUCAUUUAGUACCAACAUCCACGAAAUAGGCACUACUGUGAGUUAUAAAUUAGAUGAAACUUAA